AUGUUUGUAAUAAGAGCUAUUGGUAAAACGUUGGGUUUUAACAGAGCAGAUUCUUUUGACCAAGAACUUGAAUUUAAAGAUAGCGAUGAAAUCGUGGGUGGUGAAGUGGUUGAUAUAACACAGUUUCCAUUUCAAGCGAGUUUGACAUUGAUAGACAUGCCCUGGACCACAUUGUAUAAAGUGAGAGUUGGUAGUUCAAAUCAGUCCAAAGGUGGACAAGUUCAUAAUAUCGCAAAAAUUAUACGUCAUCCGCAUUAUAAUGUAUCACAAUUUGAUAAUGACGUAGCAAUAUUGAAAUUGACUGAAAAAAUUGCACUCAAUGGUGUUACAGCAAAACCUGUGCAGUUGGCGAGUUCUGACAGUGUAUUAAAACCGGGCGAUAAUAUAAUAGUCACUGGAUGGGGAACUACUGAAAAUAACACGUCGUCGGAGUUGCUUAGAGCGGUCACCGUGCCAGUAACUACAAGAGAAUCUUGUGCAAAAGCAUAUAGAGAUACAACACCUAUUACUGAUCGUAUGGUAUGCGCAGGACUAAAUCAAGGUGGCAAGGAUGCCUGUCAAGGCGAUUCAGGUGGGCCAGCUGUAGAUGAAAAGAGUCUAACACAAUAUGGUAUUGUCUCAUUUGGCGAAGGAUGUGCGUUGCCAGACUACCCAGGAGUAUACGCUUACAUUCCUCCUCUGAGAGACUGGAUUAAAGAAGUUACUGGAAUUUAA